CACAGCUCAGUCUUGCCGGAGCAUCCACGGAGGUGCCAGGCGUCGCUCCCCUCUCCUGCCUCUCCCUCACUCCCACACUACCGUAGGAGGUGCCGUCGGGGGAAGACCUUUACGUUACUUCCUCCUACGGCUCUACUGCUACACAGGAAUUACUACCUACUAUACUUUUGCUUCUUUUAGGAUAUAUUGAAAGUGUUGUUGUUUAAAACAUUAAAACAGUGAUAGAAUUUAGUUACUAUAUACACUGAAGGGUAGCUAAUGCCUCUAAACUAAACAACAACAAGACCUGCCAGUACUGAGCUGGGUGUUGACCACUUAACUCAGCUGGCCACAGACUCAUCAUGCUUGUGUGAGGCUAAACUUAACCUAUGGAUUUGAAAAUAAAAAAAUAUCCAUAUAUAUUUAAACUCCCAUUGUUGAUGUCUCUUGUUAAAUAUUAUUAAGCAUACGAUAAACAAAAGGUGUUUACGGUGAAGUGAAAUCAUAAACAAAAUACUGACACACUUAGGAAAAGAAAAUAACAUACAAACUCUACUGUACUGUGUUGUUUACCAAGUGACGUAAGCAAUUGACCCAACACGUCCUGGUGAGGGAGUUAUGUAGGUGAGUACUGAUCCCCCCCCGACCCACGUCCUGGUGAGGGAGUUAUGUAGGUCAUGUGUACGCUAGUGUUGACGCCUCAAGACUAAGGGGAUGAAUAAUUCAAGGAAAGUUGAGGAAAACUGAGAGAAAUGGGAGAGAGGAGGACGAGUGAGGAUCAGAACCUGUUGCCAGACACCCCUUGUGGCUCCUGGUGAAGGUGUGGCUCACUGAUGAUGUCUGGAGAGUCUGGCUCACCUGCCACACUACAGGUGUGGCAUACUGAUACUCCUGUCUGGCCCAGUGUCUUAGGAGGGUCACGCCAGGUCCCACAGGGGUCACAGUCACCCUUAACCUAUAGUGAGUCCCGUGACCUUUCUGAUGGGGGUGUGACAGGAGGAGCAGCUGUGGCCGCCAAUGAUUCUUACUCCUCAUUCUUUACUGGUGAAGGCCAAGGAAAAGGAGGCCACAAUAUGACGGAAAAUAAUGUGCAUACCAUAUUAGGGUCGAUAUAUAGAGCGACGACCAGUGGCUACUUGAGUGACCGGCGCGGUACAGGUGGCAGUGAUGUGGAGGAAGUGAGAAAGAAUGACGGGAGGGAAGGGCCAAGCGUCCACUCCGUUAGUGCCAGUGCCUACAACUACACUGUGGGCCAAGACCUCAGUGGAUUGUUUAGAGAAGAUGAGGUGGAAAAUAUGACGAGUUCCGUGAACGAGGGAACAAGAGGCCACAGUUUUAUGGGUGUGUUGAUGGGGUCAGCCUCACCCUCCGUGGACAAUGAAGCCUCCCAAAACUCCUCGUCUAUAAUCAAGGAGGCUCUAUCGUUCACGCUGGAGGCAGGUGAGGACACGUUAGGCUCCCCUGAGGAUGGAGGGCUGCAGAGGCUCUUAGGAGGACCCGAUGAGCCUUACCUCUCAGCCCUCACACACAACCUCACCUACCACCACCCCAGCGUCACCUCCACCUUCGCCAACGUCACCCACGGGAGAGGGGAACUGUUCGCCGACUACCCGCCUCACCUGCUUGACUUCGCCGUCUUCUGCUGCGUCCUCUUCAUCGUCCUGGGUGUACCCGGUAACCUCAUCACCAUCAUCGCCCUCGUCAAGUGUAAAAAGGUUCACAACGCAACGGCAGUGUUCAUCAUCAACCUGACACUCUCUGACCUGAUGUUCGGGGUGUUCAACUUACCCCUGGCAGCCUCGUUGUUCGUUCACCGGGCGUGGGUACAUACGUGGUUCCUGUGCCUACUGUUCCCUAUCUUGAGGUACGGGCUGGUGGCUGUCUCUGUCUUCACUGUCCUCGCCAUCACCAUCAAUCGCUACGUCAUGAUCGCCCAUCCUCGGCUCUAUCACAGGUUGUACACGCGGACGUGGUUGGCCAUCAUGGUGGUGUCGACGUGGAUUGGUGCAUUUGGUGCCCUGGUGCCGACGCUGCUGGAGUUCUGGGGCACCUUCGGGCUUGACCCAGCCAUCGGGUCCUGUACCAUCUUGCCUGACAGCGACGGCAACUCCCCCAAGGAGUUCCUCUUCGUGUUCGCCUUCGUGCUGCCGUGUGUGGCCAUCUGUGUGUGUUACGCGCGCAUCUUCUCCAUCGUCCACAGAGCCGACAAGAAGAGUCACAGUCACGGUCAACGUUUUCUUAAAGUGAACGGUAAGAGACAGAAGCCCGUGGCCUCGCCCUGCGCCGACCCCCCAACACUACAGACCCUACACGCCACUCCCCUACACGACAGACUCCAGCUGGAGACCCUCGUCAAGCUCUCCACGAGUAGUAACUCCGUGAAGGUGGAGAUAGUAGAACCAGGAGAAGAAACUCAGAAACAGCAAAAGGAAAGAGAAGUAGAUGCUAACGGCGAGGGAGGAGAGCGAGACAAGAAGGACGGGACGAGGACACCAUCUCCAGACACCACGCCUGGUGACGUCACUACAGACGCCAGUUCGCUUCUCAAGACGGAGGCGAACGGCUUCUCCGGCCACAACUCCGACGAGGGUGUUGGGGUGUCGGCGGCAGCUUGUUCCCCCAUCAGAAUAUGUCCUCCCAGCGCCCCUGACUCUCCCGCCUCGGAGAAGUCAGAGACAAAAAUAACCAGAGCUAUCGAGCGACGGCCGUCAACCAUCUCGGGCAAGGGGGGCACCUUCUCCCAGCUCCGUGGCACCUUCCGUAGGACUCGGGCGGGUUCUUUCAUCGCUCGCCAGCCUACCCUCAGUGCCAAGGACCGCCGUCUGCUGAAGAUGAUCUUGGUGAUCUUCAUGUCGUUCGUGGCGUGUUAUCUGCCCAUCACACUCGUGAAGACCUUCAGUAAGGACGACAACCCCAUCCUCAACAUCUUCGGCCUCCUCCUCAUCUACAUGACCACCUGCAUCAACCCCAUCAUCUACGUGGUCAUGUCCUCAGAGUACCGGCAGGCCUACGUCAGCCUCCUCACCUGUAAGCGUGACUUUGAUCCCACCAAUCGCUCUAUUACUAAGAUUUCCUGAAAGCGGGCGAAACCUCCCUUGUUCCCACCGCCGAACAAGACAUCGAAGUGUGUUAUACAAGUCUCGCCAGCCGAGUAGCCUUCCUUGUCCACCCGUGACAACAGUGACGCUUAGUGGAACAAAUGUUGACUUGUAUACAAUCCACAAAACAUCAUCCUAAGUGAUGUAAAUAACAAACACAUUAAUCUUACUUUACGGUGAUUUUUUACGAAACUUUUCAAUAUUUCGUGUUAUUCCAUACGUGUGUGUGUGUGUGUGUGUGUUAAAGCCGAUGUUACACCGCCAGAGGGUCCAACAAGAAUAUUCGUGUAACAAACCAGCUCUCCUGCCUUCUGUACAGUUUUACACGUUACGUCAGCUCGUCUUCACAGGGCUGACGCUGCUCACUACUGUUAUGGAGUCUUAGUUGACUUACUCCGUGUAGUUACAACUCCACCGGAAGUUUCUCUGUGGCGAUCAACUCCGUCUCUUUGUAUUGUCUCUACCUGUGAGGUGUACUGAUCACCUGUUGAUUAAUAAUACUCAUUAACAUUAUUACCGUAUACUGCAAUAUUUCCUCCUACAUUAUUAUAUAUUGUUCUUAAAUCAUCACUUUACUAUGAGCGUUUGUGUAUACAGGUAUUCACGACACACAAGUACUGCAUGAUGCCAGCCGUGAAGACACAGUGCCCUCAUCAGUGCCAGUAGUGUGACAGGUAUUAACAGGUCUUCCGCUGGACUCUUGUUAACGAAGUAACAGGUGUUUAUCUUUCUAAUAUAUAUACACACACAUCCUCCCUGUACCUGGUAGCAUUAUACUCACUUUCCUUUAAGUUUUACAAGAUGGCAAUUGAUUAUUCACUGCCUUAAAAGUACGUAGGUGAAUAUUUUAAGUUAUCCUGAGAGUUUAUUAACUAGCAAUCGGUAUAAUGUUACCAGUUAACAGUCAGAGAUGAGAUGAACAACUACUAAAAAAAAUAUGAUUAUUCCGAUGACUUUGUGGAGUAUAUUGAUGGCCAGAGAUCCUGAGCUCAUCUGGCCAACUCUUCUUAACUUCACACACACACACACAUACACACACACACACACACACACACACACACACACACACACACACACACACACACACACACACACACACACACACCAAACGUCCAGCAAUGCUAAACAAGACGUCUCAUCCUGUCCACUUUUUUAUAACUUGGAAAAAAUAAUAAUGACAUGUGACAAAUGUUAAUUGACCUUCCCCUCACACCUAUCAAGAGUUUAUCCUGUUAAUUAGGACAGGUAAGGCACAGGUAAGGGGGUUCUCUAUGUCAUGACUCACCUGUAAUUAAGUCAUGUUGAGAAAUAUUGUUUUGGUUUACUGAUAAGAAAUAAUGUUGGUAAUGUUUAUGUGUAAUAUCUAGGGUGAUGCUCUUCUCCCUCUCCCUCUCCCUCUCCCUCUUUCUCCCUCCCCCUCUCCCUCUCACCUCACAUUCCCCCUCUCCC